CACCCCCACUUUCCAGGCAGAGGAGGUGGGCGCAGGGCAGCCCCUGCCUCCCCGCGAGGUCGUGCUCAGCAAUGGCAGCCUCCAAAUGCUCGAGCCCGGCAGGAAAUGCCUCUCUGGAUUAGUUGUUUCGCUCUUUUGUUCCAACUGCGGGGAGAGCACAAGGACUCCGCGGGUGCUGGGCGGGAGUCCGGCCGCCAUCGAGGCUUGGCCGUGGCAGGUCAGCUUGCAGUACAAGAAGGAGCACAUCUGCGGUGGCAGCAUUAUUGACCCCAGCUGGGUCCUGACGGCAGCGCACUGCUUCAAGAACAACCCCAUCAUCCAGAGCUGGCGUGUGAAGGCUGGCUCCAGCCUCCUCUCAGGCACCACCACCCUGGCUGUGGAGAAGGUCUUCCUGGCCGAGGUGACGCCCAUGUCUCCCAAGGACAACGACAUUGCCCUGGUGAAGCUGCAGUCUCCCCUGCGUGCCUCAG